AUGCGUUGGUGGCCGUGGUCAAACCAGACAGAAAAGCAAACACAGCAGGAGAGGCCAGAUGGUGAGCCCGUGCUGACGAACUACUCGCGAGGCCAAAAGAUCCUGUUGGAGGACACUCCGCCCAAAUUUGCCGAUGAUCUGUCCAAUUCCCAGUUGGCCAAGAAGCAAGAACGGGCCACAUUGAAAGAGGCUUGGGACUCAAUCAGGUGGGGCGACUUCUCUAUGCAGAAGCUGACCUCGAUCCCGUGUUUCAGAGACGCGGGCAUGCUUGGAUUCUCCAGCAUGUUCUUGAUGGGUUCUGUUAUAUUUAUAUAUCAUAAGAGCCCGACAAAGGCCGCGAACUGGGCGAUGAGCUCUCUGGUACUGGGAUCGAUCGUCGGGUGGGAGCAAUGCAGGUUGAAAAGACAAAAAAGUUUCCAAAUCGCUCAGUUGGCGAAGGAAACAGUGGCGAAAAAGGAAAAACCAAUGCUACGUAAUGUUCCCCAUGACCCAGCUUUGCCUGGACAAUGGGAAGCCGCCAAAAACGAGAAGCAGAUCCAGUUCCAGCAGAGUAACCAGAACUUGUCGCAGACCGCCCCUGAAAAGAAAUGGUACAAGUUCUGGUGA